AAACCUUUUCCCCCUUUGUUUAUUAUAUUUUUUUCUCACAUUUGCUUCUGUUCUCUUGACACUCUUGCAUGGCGAUUUGGGCUCCAAUUUGCAAAAAUUAGGGCUACGCUGUGCGAUUCGAUCGAUUGCCAAAUCCGUUUAAAGAAGAUGUGAUCUCACAGUGAUUCUCGCGUUUUUAUUUCGAAGCCAGUUUUUAUAAAAGAUAGAGUCGGUGAAGGUUUUUGAGGGGGGAUUUUUUGUGUUUUGUGAUUUCUAGGGUUAGGGUUUUUGAAGGCAUGAAGGGGGCUUUGGAUCGAACCAAGGCGGUUCUCCGCCACUUGCCUCCAUCCAUUACGGAGUCCAUGUUUGUCGAACAAGUCGAUAGUGCUUUUGCUGGUCGUUACAACUGGCUCUCCUUUCGUCCCGGGAAGAGCAGUCAGAAGCAUCAGUCUUAUUCCAGAGCGUACAUUGACUUCAAGAGGCCAGAGGACGUUUUGGAGUUUGCAGAGCUUUUUAAUGGUCAUGUGUUUGUUAAUGAGAAGGGGGCUCAGUUUAAAGCUAUUGUUGAGUAUGCGCCUUCCCAAUGUGUUCCAAAGCAGUGGUCUAAAAAGGAUGGUCGUGAAGGGACUAUAUUCAAAGUAUUUGUUGAUGAACAUCUAGAUCCUGAGUAUUUGGAGUUCCUCGAAUUUCUUGCGAAGCCAGUUGAGAAUCUUCCUAGUGCAGAGAUACAAUUAGAGAGAAGGGAGGCGGAAAGAUCUGGUGUACCAAAAGAUACUCCCAUAGUUACACCUUUGAUGGAUUUUGUUAGACAGAAAAGAGCUGCUAAGGGUGCAUCACGGAGGUCACCGUCUAAUGUGAAACUGAGGAGAAGAGGAGCUGGUUCAUCUAGUGGAAGUCCAAGUUCAGCAUCAUCCAAAAGAGGUUCUGAAAAGAGAAGGGGUUCUACUGCAAUGUAUGUUCUAAGGGAUAGCUUGAAAAUUGCAAGUGUGAAAGACAAGUCAACUUACAUUCUGGUUUCCAAAAGGGAUGAUCAGCAACUUUCUGAUAAGCCUGUUCCUUUAGCUUCAUCUGUGGGAACUGAAAUAUCUGAAGAGGAAAGUGGAGUUUGUGGAAUUACUGAUGCUGGUAAAAAGAAAGUUCUGCUUCUGAAAGGGAAAGAGAAAGAAAUUUCUAAUGUGGCUGGAAGAAUGUUACGUCAACAAAAUGUUACAUCUCCAAUUAAAACCGUACUUGGUUUGACUCCUACCAAACAGAAUUCACGUGGUGAAGGCAGAGUGAUCAGAGGCAUACUUUUAAACAAGGAUGCUCGUCAAAGUCAGUCUUCUGGGGUCCAGUCAGAGCAGCAGAUUCAGACCUCAAAUUUGGAAAAGGAUAGACGACCUCAGCAUUCUCAUGCUCGGUUAGUUUUGAAGGAUACAAACAGUGCUUCAGAUGAUAAGGUUGGGAGUAACUCGCAUGGUAAUGAGAAGCCUGAAAGACGUAACAGAAACAAAGAUAGACCAGAUCGCGGUGUAUGGACCCUUCACCGUUCUGAUGGAUCAUAUGCAAGUGAUGAGUCCUUGCCAUCAUCUGCUUCUCAGUCUGCACAGAUACCUUUAGAUUCUUCAGAAGGGGCUUUUGGUGAUUAUAAAGUUGAUUUGCCAAAUGUUCAUGGUAUGCAAGUUAAAACUGUCAGGAGUGGACGUAAUAGUUCUUUAGAUAAUGGAUCCCAUAAACAUGUUAGUCGUCGUGGAGCAGUUGCCGAUGGAUCAUCUGUUUUGAGUGAUGGGAAACCAGGGAAAAAAGGCAGUGCUUCUGGCUAUGGUUCUCAUGAGAAACAAGUCUGGGUACAGAAAUUGAGUUCUGGUUCUUAGUGAAUUUUUAAAACGGAAAUUGCUUAGUCACUUGAAUUUUGAGCAUGCACUUGCUUUUGCUGGAGGCUGUCUCGUUAUGCUUAACCUAUGAUCUGGUGUAAUCAAUGUUUCAGCAUCAAAGUAGGGGAAAGGUUCAGUUGACCUAGAGGUUGCAGAUAUCAUUGUAAUUAAUACUUGAUUGAAGAAAUCCCUAAGUUAAUACCUGGUGGAUUGAAGAAAUCUCGAUCUUAGUCAAAGAUGGCGAAGGAACACGAAACAAACACAGAACCACUGUUGUCAUCGCUGCUGGUCCUUGUGGAUUUUGUCCAGUUGAGAUGCUAUGCCAUUGACUCGACUGGGUUACCGGGAGAUUCUGAUUUUAGUGGUUGAUUUUCUCCUUUAGCCGGAAUUGUAAAUAUAAAUAUAAAUAUAAAUGCAGAGCUCUAUAUACUGCCUGUUUGACAGAGUUAUUAUACUUGUUUUGCCGAGCAGUUCACCUUUAUGCCUAGACUCUAGUUAGCAUUUUGUGUAUAAGCCCCCUAGGCCUAGAACUUGUCGGGGCUUUUAUAAAUGGGCUUGUUCAGAAGAUAAGGAAAGCUGGGGAACUUUUAGUAGCCCGCAGCUUGUGUUCAAACUCGUUGACGCAUGCUUGGAUUUCUGGAAUUCUGGCGUUGGAGUGAUUUGGAGGAAUGAUAAAGGUGUUAAUUCAAA